AUGGAAAGUUUACCAAGAAUAGAAGAUAUAGAGUCUAUUGAUAAAACAUAUGCAUCAUUACAAAGAUUGCUAACAUCACAUAAGCAUAACAUCACUCAGUCUGCUCUGAGUUUAGAGUCUGAGGAUGAACAAUUGUGCAUCAACAGUUUGAUACUAACAACCAUAUACAAUCCACAGGCAGCUCAGCUGGAUCAAGAUUUCUUAAAGUGUCUUUACGAAGAACAAUUUAUAGCAAAGCAUAAACAAGAUAUCGCUACUUUGAAACAAUACAUUGAAAGAACGCAUGCUCAGCUACGACAAAAUCAACACCAACCAACAUCACAACCACCUGCUAUUAGAGACCCAGAAGAGUUUAUAAAACACGGUACAAUGUUGCGCAACAUUGAUACUGGUUUAGAGGCACUCAAACAAAAUAAAGAAUUCAAAGAGUAUAAACAAAAGAUAUGGAACAUUAAUCACACAGAGCCAUUCGAUGAUGGUGGUAACGAAGAUAUCUUUAUUGCAUCUCAAACCAUUAGCAUUAUUUGCCCGAUAACUAAAAAGAAUUUUGAAAAUCCAGUUAAAUCAAGGACUUGUGGACACACCUUUUCUAAAGAAGCCAUUCAAAGUAUGUUCAGAAGAAGCACCUCUAUUUCUUGUCCUGUAGUCGGUUGUUCUCACCAGAUCACACAGAAUGGCCUUGAGAGAGACAUUGUCAUGGAAGAGACUGUCAAGAGAGAGCUCAGAAAGAAAAGCAGGGAGGUUCAAAAGGAUCCCGAUGAUAUCACCGAACUUUGA